GCUCUAAAUCAUGACGCUGUUGUACAAGUUUUGGACACUUGGUGUCAGUCUAUAAUCUCAUAUAGCUACAUAUUUUCUUCUUGUCUACGCCCACCCUUUCUUUCACGUCAUUUCAGUGAGACGUUUUGUUUGCUUGCGGUUAAAUUCAGCAGUGUUACCGUUAAAUACCUAUCGGAUAAAACCUGAUUGUUUUGCUCAUUUGGAUGAAAGACAAGUGUUUCUUUUUUAAAUUAAGGAAAUCUCCUAUUCUUGUUUGUUAUUGUGAUUGCUUAAUGGUUGUGUCAUGGAACAAAGGAGAGCUCGGCCGUGGAGCGGACCAAAGUGGAUUGUAUUCGUGGUUCUUUCUUCGUUUUUGAGCUGCACUUCAGGACAAAUCAGAUAUUCAAUCCACGAGGAAGUUCAAAAGGGAACUGUGGUCGGAAAUAUCGCAAAGGAUUUAGGUGUGGAUAAGAUCACUCUGAGAGAACGUGGAGUCCGAGUUGUCGAUGCAUCCGAAACGUCUCCGUUUAGGAUAAACCAGGAUGAUGGACUAUUGUAUGUAAAUGAAAAACUCGAUCGGGAGGAAAUGUGUGACCGCAGCAAGGCUUGCGUCAUUGAUGUAAAAACCGUGCUGGAAAACCCGCUGGAGGUCCAUUAUGUUGCUGUGGAGAUUGUGGAUGUAAAUGACCACACGCCGAGCUUCCCGGAAGAAGAAAAUGUUCUUGAAAUUUCAGAAUCUGCUUUACCAGGUGCGAGGUUUCAGUUGAAAGCUGCGCGUGAUGCUGAUAUCGGAUCCUUUUCUGUUCAACAUUACAAACUGAGUCAGAAUGAUUAUUUUCGAUUGGAAGUUAAAGAUCGAGGGGAGAAUCGUAAAACACCCAGUUUAGUUCUCCAAAAACCGCUGGACAGAGAGACAGUAAAGAGUCAUGUUUUACUUUUAACAGCCUUUGAUGGAGGUAAACCUCCGAGAUCAGGAAACAUGACCAUAAUUGUGAACGUUUCUGAUGUUAAUGAUAAUCCUCCAGUUUUUAGUCAGGAUUCAUACGUUGCUCAUCUGAAAGAAAAUGCUCCUGUUGGAACAACUGUGAUCCAAGUAUCUGCAACAGAUUUGGAUGAAAGUUCAAAUGGAGAAAUAGUUUAUUCUUUUGGAAAUGAUGUGGAUCCAAAAGUAAGAGAACUUUUUGACUUGAAUGGCAUCACUGGAGUGAUUACUGUGAUAGGGAUACUAGAUUUUGAAGUUAAUGACAAAUAUGAACUCGAUAUUCAAGCCUCUGAUAGGGGGGCAGCAACGUUAAAAGCAGAAAAGACUGUAAAUAUUGUUAUUGUAGAUCUAAAUGACAACGUUCCGGUAAUAGAAGUGACAUCAUUUUCACGUGCGCUCCCUGAGGAUUCAAAACCAGGCAGCACAGUGGCAUUAAUUAGUGUGAAAGACUCAGAUUCUGGCGUUAAUGGAAAAGUUCUGUGCUUCAUAGACCAGAACCUCCCUUUUAUAAUAAACCCUUCUUCACAGAACAACAUGUACUCUCUAGUAACCAAACAAGUUUUAGAUCGUGAACAGCAGAAUCAUUAUGAAGUGAUAAUUGUAGCUAAAGAUGCGGGAGAACCGUCCUUGUCAUCAGAGAAAAGCAUCACGGUUGUUGUUUCUGAUGUGAAUGAUAACGUCCCCACAUUCCUACGGAAUCCAGUUAACUUCUACAUAAAAGAGAACAACAGUCCAGGAAAAACAGUUCUAUCAGUUACAGCCCAUGACAGUGAUGAGGGCAGCAAUGCUCUUAUUUCAUAUUCCAUUUUAAGAGACAGAGAUACAGAUAAUCUGUUUACAUCAUUUCUGAAUGUAAACUCUGAAAGUGGAGAAGUUGUAGCCCUGAAAAGUUUUGACUUUGAAAGUGUAAAAACGUUCCAGUUCCACAUUGUUGCCACAGAUUCCGGAAGUCCUCCUCUGAGCAGCAACGUGACAGUGAACGUGUUCAUUCUGGAUCAGAACGACAACGCUCCAGUCAUCCUGUAUCCAGUCAGCUCCAACGGUUCUGCUGAAGGGGUGGAGGAGAUUCCCCGCAACGUGAACGCAGGACACUUGGUGACUAAAGUCCGAGCCUAUGACGCUGAUAUAGGAUAUAACGGCUGGCUGCUGUUCUCACUGCAGCAAGUGACUGACCACAGUCUCUUUGCUUUGGACCGCUAUACAGGACAGAUCCGAACUCUCCGCUCGUUCACAGAAACAGACGAGGCUGAACACAAACUGCUCAUCCUGGUCAAAGACAAUGGCAACGUUUCCCUCUCAGCAACAGCUACUGUCAUUGUCAAACUUGUGGAGCCCAAAGAGGCUUUUGCAGCUUCUGAUGUUCAAAGUGCAGCAGCAGAGGAUGAGGACAGUCACGUGACUUUUUACCUCAUCAUCACCUUGGGCUCCGUUUCCCUGCUUUUUCUCAUCAGCAUCAUCGUGCUGAUUGCAAUGCAGUGCUCCAAGUCCACAGACUAUACGUCCAAAUAUCUGCCAGAGCCCAAUUAUGAUGGAACACUGUGUCACAGCAUCCAGUACAGAUCUGGAGACAAACGCUACAUGUUAGUGGGACCCAGAAUGAGUGUUGGAUCUACUAUAGUUCCUGCAAGUCACGCAAACACUCUUGUGCUUCCUGACAGAAGAAAAACAUCUGAUGAGUGAUCCAUAAGCACACUAUCAACCCAUGUAACAUCAAAACUACAAAAAAGAACAUUCAAGAAACAAAACAAGAGAUGAGUUUUUGACAACAACAUGUAUGCUGUGUUUCUGUGUUUGUGUGUAACAACAUUUCAUGGGAGUCACUUUGGAUGAAGCCACAAGCCAGAUGCCUACAUUACAGUCUCACGUUCCGUACAGUUUUCUUGUGAAACAGUUAUGUCUCAGUUAGCGGGGUAUAUCUUGAGUCUGAAUGUCAGAAUUUUAUUUCAGGAUCUGGGGGAAAUCUUUAGCUUUCACCUUGAACAAGAAAUGUGCAAACAUAUCCUCCAAGCUAGUUAGAUGUUUAAUCAGGAACACAUUUGAAAUAUUAAUUUGCUGUCUCUCGGUUGUGCUUGAAUCAGGGUGACAUUCAGGCUGACCUCACCCUUUCUCUCUUCCACUGUUAUAUAAACCAUCCCUUUUUUUUCUUUCUCAGUUCAUUAACUCAUGGCUGUAUAUCCUGCUGGACCUGCUCUUUUUAAGCUUAACUGGUAGAUGAUUCUUGUUAACAAGGAAUGUUUAUUUAAUUAAUUGAUUUAUUUUUAAUUGCAUUAAAGAAAGUAUUUUGCAAAUCCAAUAUUGAAGUGUCACUUUUUGUCUCUUUCAUAGAUUAGGAGCUCAUGGCCCAGGCUUCAUUUAUCAAUAUCUAGUCUCUGCCUUCUAAUUGUUAGUUACGGUACUUACAUAAUCAUCAGAAUAUGUUCAUAAUAAUGAAAUAAAAAUGUGCUUUAAUGCUCUGUUGAAUUACUUUAAGCACAUAUUGUUUUUUUGUUUUUUUUCUUAAUCAACAGGACUCAGAACAGAUGUUGUUUAGUAAAAGUGCUCACAGAGACACAACAUCUGGUGCUGUGCUUAGGUCAUUAAGGCUGGCCUGGAGGAUUGAACUGACUGAUGGGUCAGCACGAAGCAUCAUGUGAAACUGUGGGCCAUUAAGUACAAAUGCAGAGAAAUCUACAAUUGGCUGUUGCUGUAAACUGGAAUCUGUGAAAGCUUUUUUUUUACGAUUUCUAAACAGAAAAUGCCUAAACAAGUGAGGAAAAUCCAGAGAUGACCCUUUAGAGAGUUGGUGAAGCCUUCCUAAGAGGAUUGCCCUCCUGCCACAGUAUGUUUGCACUGUGCGCCGUGGGGGUAAAUGGGGUAAACUGUUACAAAUGCCAGAUACUUGCCUGAUUAAUACUGGAUGUUGUGUUGAUUUCUGCACAUGCAAGGCUUGGGAUCAGAUGCUCUGUCACAGAUAUACAGUCUCUAGCUGCAGGGUUCAUCUUCUCUUGUGACUGUUUCUCUGCUUGUUGAUCCUCCUUUGGCAAUUUUAGGCAAUCUGUUGCUUAUUUUUAACAAAUAAGGUCUUCCCGUGGUUUUUCUGACAUUCUCUGGGGUCUUUGUGUGCUUAAGUGGUUUACUUCGCAAAGUGAUGGAUAUUUUUUUAUUUUAUUUAUUAUUAUUUUUGGUAGAUGCAGUAAAUGUGUUUUAAAUAUUUGAAAUUUUAUAUUUAUUGAUACAAAAUGGGCCGUCCAAACACAAAAUUUAUAUAUAUAUAGUAAAUAAGAUUAAGUGCUAACAUAAAAUCACCACACUAUAUGUAAAGAGUUUAGAAACAGAUAUUUAAAAUUAACAAAUGAAAGAUGAAACAAAAGUUGCAGUUCUGACAGUUUUAGUUCUGAAACAGAGGUUUUUUUCUUUUUUCUUUUUGUUAUUGUUUUUAUUCUGUGUUUUUUUUGUUGUUGUUGUUAAUGAAACACUAUAGAUGGCAUAGACACCGACAACAGAAUUAUUGACAAAGCAUUUAAGAAUAUCAUAAAAUUACAGUAAAAUCAAGCCAUUUAUUAAAAAAGAUGCAGUAAUAAUAUUAAUGAUAAUAAUAAUAACGAUGAUAAUGGUGAUAAUAAAAAAUAUUUAAUAAUAUUAAAUACCUGCACCAACUUGACCAAUUACAAAAUACCUUUUGGAUGAAGAAAAUUAGAAUUUGUGAUAUUAUUUUGUUAAACUUUAUAAUAAAAAUAAUGCAAAUAUUUGAAUCAUGCGCCAUUUUCACAAAAACAAAAUCACCAUUACUUAGAUGUGAUUUUUCUUUUUUUAAUGAUUGUCUAUCUAACGUCCAGACUUAAGCCUAAUUUUCACUGGACAUGUUUAAAUAAUUUUUACUUUCAGUUCGAACUUGGCAUGAAUAAAAAGAUACUACUACUAUUACUACUACUACCACUACUACUGCUAAUAAUAAUAAUAAUAAUAUUACCAAUAAUAAUUUUCAUAACAAAAACAACACCAAUAAUAAGAAUAAACAGUGUGUUAUGUCACACAGAGAGUAUCUGAAAUCACGUGGAGUGAGAUUGAUCCCCCUGGAGCUCAGAAUGUCUUCAUAUUUAUUAGGACAGAAACCAUUUGCCUCCUUCUGGUCCUUUUUUUCUGGAAUGUGAAACAGUGAGCUGUUCUGAACAUUGAGUGAGUCAUCUCGUCCCACAUGUAGCUUCUCAUUUUGUGCAGCUGAUCUGUUUAUUUUUAGGAUGAACCAUUUGUCCGAAGAAUUAAUCAGAAUUGUUGCAAUAUAUUGUUCUAUCUAUGAUUGUAUCAUGAUUUAUGGCUUAGGACACCCUGUUGCAAACGCGCGUGUUUGCUGUGCUGCGUGAGCACGAGCGAAUCCCCCCACUCUGCGUCCUGCAGUCUGAUCGUGUAGAUGCACAGUAUGAAUAAAACAAAGGAAGUAUGGGUGUGGAACAUGAGUGUUAGAGCUGAACGCUUGACUCAUAGCUCAGCCCCCCUCCUCCUCUUUUUCUCCUCUUUUGUUCUCUUUAUCGCGCAAUUUCGUUUUGGACAUACUGUUUUACCAUUUUAAAUCAUUUACAUUUACAGUUAUCCAGUCCCUAAUCUUUGCAUUUUUCGGGCUUUUCUCCAGAUAAAGCCCCUAUUUUCUUUGAUUUUCUUCAUGCCUCUCUUCCUCCUACACAUACUGACGUCCUAUGGCUGACUUGUUCUUAUGCCCUCUCCUGUCGCUUUCUGCAACUGCAAUGAGAGGAAAUUGUUAAGACUUACAAGCUGUUUUUUUUUCUUUUUCUAUUUAUUUUCAAAUAAUUGUCUACUCUCUCCGGUCACUGUGGCUUGCUUGGUUUGCUUGCAUGUCAUGUGUUUGCUUAAACAGAUGUUUAUGCUGUCAUGCCUUGGUAGUCACCCUUUUGCAGUUGUGCAGGUUUAAAAAAAGACUAGAAAUGAAAAUAGAGGAAAGUUCUUUAGAUGUAUAGUAAAACAGUAAAUUAAAAUGUGACAGCCUCUUAUCAAAAAGAAAGAAAGAAAAAAAUAGAGCUGUUUUGUUUUUAUUAUAAAGGAACUUUUUCAAAAUGACAGUUUGCUCACAAACUUGAUUCCUUUAGAAAAAAAUAAAUAAAUCUGUCAGUGUUUUAACUAAGUAUGGAUUUAAUAAUGAAGUUAUUUUCAGACAAAUAAAAUGUUGUUGACUUGGGAGUUAUACAAAUUGUGCUAGUCAUUACGCUUAUUAAAAAGUGCCACGAUGCUGUGUGCAUAGCCAUGUGUGCCCUUCAGGCCUUGUCUUGAUGCAUCAUUUUCAGUGUAUCCCAUUAUGUGCUACUGUGUGACGUUCACAAGCUUUGGACAGAUGAGCAGUGAGAUUUAAAAUCAGGCAUCAAACAGAUUACUCCCACUUUCAAUAAAACUAAUUUGUUUUAAAAAUGCUGCUGAACUCUAUAACUGAUGGAAAGCAAUAUGGAUGAUGAGACAUUUCCCUACAUGAUGAGAUGUAGGGAAAAAUAGUUUUGUGGAGGCAGGCUUCAUGUUGUGAGAAGAAAAGUGAUAAUGUGGGAGAAAAAAAGAACAAACACAAUGCUUGAACAGAUUUUUGUUACUACAAAGCAACACUACUUAUUACCUUUAGAUCUCACUUCUGUAAAUGUAACUAUUUUUAUUUUUACAGAGACUGUGUCAUGUGCUGGCCCUUAAACCACACGUUUUGUGCAUAACAAGGUUGAUUAAAAAUGUUGCAUCUGGCCUGGAUAAAAGCAAAGCAAAGCAGCAUUUAUAAAGUUCUAAGGCUCAAUAAAAUAAACCAUUUCAAAUUAUCAUUAAAAUCUAAAAAUUUCAGAUAUUUAACAACAAUAUUGGUUACUAAACAAACAAAAAACAAAAAAUAACAACAAAAAAAAAACUUAAGUUGCUUUCUUUACCUGGAAGCAGAUCAGAAAGCCUGUGACAAACUUGCCUAAUAUGGAACUUUGAAUAUGUAAUAUUUAUAGUUUACCAGAAGACAUAUGUACCAUCCUUAUCCUUUUCCUACUGUAUACCCACUAGGUAUUAAAUAAUCUAUGUUUAAUGAAAAGGAAAUGGCCAUGGAGCAUCUGUGCUAUUUCACGUGUUUAAGUAUGGAAUAAUUUCAGUGCAAGAAAUCCCUGCGCUUAUUUGACUUGGAUUAAGGCUUCUGCACUGUGUGAAAAUGAUCUAAUUCUGAUGUUGCUCCUCUAAUGCGAUUAGUUAAAGUCUUCCUAAGAUGCCAAACAGUCAAGCUUUCACAGAAAGAAGCAUGUAAUGUGAGCUAAACUGUCGUUCACUCUUCAAUGGCAUGCUUAAAAGUUUGUACUCAUGGUAUUUACACCAUUUUCAUUUUUGUCAAAUAUUUUUUUGCUUAGUUUAAUUCCUCCUAACUCAGUGAUUCAGCUCCAUUUAUUUUGUUAAAAUUAGAACUAUUUGAACAUUUUACAACUUUAUAUAAUUUAAAGUUUUACUCGCUGACUCUUUUACAAGCAAAUUAAGUAAUGAAUUGCAAGGAGUUUGCAGGAGUUUACUCAUACUUUCAGUAAGAAAUAUACAUAGAACUGAACGAUACAUUGUUGGACACAAAAAAUGAGGAACAUUGAAAAAAGGAGAAAAACUAAACAAAACAAGCAAUAUACAAACUGACAAAGAAACUGACCCUUUUGAGUUUAAAUCAAUGCACAAUUAUUUUUGCAAAAAAGAAAACAAAUGGCAAAACUUCAUAUGACAGAAUAAUAAGCAGGCAUGUUUUUAGUUUUAAUGUGUGGUUAUUAAUCCCUCCAAAAUAGCUCAUCCAUAAAAUCAAAUGUUUCUUCUUUGUCUAAAGCCCAUCCAUUUGACAUCUUUUGGAUACUGGUGAGAUGAAGAUGUCGGAUCUAUUCUUGUAAACCUGCAGCACAGGCUUAAAUGAUUUAUUAACUUUUAAUUAUUUCUUAACUGGCCAUCGUUACACAGCACAUAAACAUCCCAACUAAGAACAUUUCAGCCUUUUCUGACAUAAAACUCUCUGCAGGCCAGCACUCUCUUCUAUUAUUCAUUGUUUUUUUUUUUAUAGAAAUGGGUCAUGCCCAGCACAGCAGACUUUUACCUGCAAUCCACUUCAGGACUUCCUGCUGCACAGGAAACUGCAUUAACAGGUGAAACAAAAA